UAUCUAAACGCCUUACUCUUGCACGAUUACUUCCAAAACAACAAGGAUCUACUCAUUACAUGGAAGAUGCUCGAGUCACAUGCUCCUCAUACAAUCCGCCCUCUGGGGUAUCUAGAGCUUUACGAGCAUGUUGUAGUCAAGCCUACCUUCAUCCAGAUCGAGCCUUUUGAAUUAUUAAACACAGUCCAGAGAUUGCUGUAGCUCGGUGCUUACGGCUCACUUUUUGCGUACGCACCUCAUGGUAGUACAUCCGCACCUCGUAUUCGUAUAUCUAGCCGCGAACCCCACUUGCCUAUUUCCAAGUCUGAUCUUUGUGCGAGUGCACAGCCUCCCAGACUCUCGCUGACGGCAAGACGGUAAUCUUCUUGGAGAUUCUGUCCUUUUCUUCUGUAGACGCUCGUGGAGUUCAUUGUCUCUUGUGUACCAACAUUGCAUCCAUCGAUUACUUAACACGGCUGCCUCUCCGCGUCGAGGACUGUGUUAUGGAAAGACUCAUAAUCAUCCAUUCUUAACUCCAUCGGUCCAGGCUCCGACGAGGACUUCAGUAUCCUGGAUUUCUAAACGCUCACUACUCACUGGCGUGAGGAACAUGUUCUAGUAACCAGCGCGCCUGACCGGACUUUAGAGGAUAUAUCAGCUAUCCUGACGCUUAACGGACGCGAUAAGAUUUUUCAGCUGAUGGCGUAUCGCUUCUGGCCCUAUCUCCUGAAUACUUGUCAAUGUAACAAACCACGAACAUCAUCAAAUACGCCCAAUACUUCCCUCGGGCUUCUCCAAGAAUACAACUUUUCCGCUUCACAUAUGUGCAUGGAAAUACAUACGUUCAUACUCAAUCCUCAGCAUGCGCCUUCUGACUACCAACUCAGGCGGUAGUCUUUGUCUGAAAGAAUUCGUCGGUAGUAAAAUACCACAUUAUGCCAUCCUCUCACAUACCUGGGGCCCGGACGAAGAAGAGGUAACCUAUCAGGACCUAAGAAGCGAAACACGCCCGGUGAUCUCUGGCCACAGUGUUCCUCCCGGUCACUACGCAUCCAAACCUGGCUUCAAAAAGCUCAAUUUCUGCGUCAAGCAGGCGGCGGCCGAUGGACUGCAGUAUUCGUGGGUUGACACAUGCUGCAUUGAUAAGAGUUCAAGUGCAGAGUUGAGCGAGGCAAUCAACUCCAUGUUCCAAUGGUAUCGAGACUCCACUAUCUGCUAUGUUUACCUUGCCGAUGUCCACAAUCGAGACAUCAAAUCCAGUCGGUGGUUUACGCGCGGCUGGACCCUUCAAGAACUGCUGGCCCCUGCCCGUGUGGAGUUUUUCCAAGCCGACUGCUCGCACCUCGGAAACAAGAUAACAAAUUUCAAGACUAUCCUGCAGCGGAAAACGCGGAUCCCGACUGGAGCCCUGGAUCAUAGCAAAUCUUUACUAGCAUUCACUGUCGAAGAGCGCUUAUCUUGGGCUGAAGGCAGACAGACGAAAAGAGAAGAAGAUAUGGCGUAUUGUCUUCUCGGCCUAUUCGAUGUUCACAUGCCACUCAUAUAUGGGGAGGGACGCAGGAAAGCGUUCAAUCGGCUGAUGAAGGAGGUGAGGAAUAUGGCGGAAGACGCGUAUCUUCAGUCUCCGUACCCACGUAGACCUCCGUCGUUUCCGUCACCGCCAGCAAUGUUGCCUUAUCAUGAACACGCACCUUCACCGUACGGCCCGCCUCCCCCUUCCAUGAAUCAAGCCUAUCCCUAUUAUGGGCCUGACUACCCAUCACGUCGGUUCGCAACGCCAAAGUUUUAUGAUCUAUCAUCAUCUAGUGAAGAAUCACCAUCCCCUCCUCUAAGACGAAGUUCCUCAGCGGCCGGAAGACAAUCAUCGCCUCCUCUCAGAAGAAGAGGUUCGGUAGCCAGAGUGGCAUCACCUCCUCUCCGAAGAAGAACGUCAUUCGGUAAAGGGCCAGCGGGCCCAACUGCCUCAUCACUUUCCUUUCGCCCCCCUUCGCCUCAAAUGAGUUCUGAGUCAAAUAACACUGCUUUGUCGGUAUCAAACAAUCAGGAGCUCCGUCUCCAGUUUGAUGUCACUCAACCUUUGAACAUUACAUUGAAAGGUGAUAUGGAUGGCCGGACAUUACAGUUUGUACCCAGUGGAGAUGGGAAAGCAGAAAUCAUCAUCGGCGGUGCAUCGACUACUAGGCCCACAGUUCCAAGCACCGCAGGCAGAAGCCGGAGGACCGGAGCCCAGCCAGCCAGUCGCCCUACGCAAAAGAAGCCAACGGUGAUGAUUGAGAGUAAUUCUGGUAGGAGUCGGCCGUCGAGAGACCCCCACGGCUCUUCGAAGUUGGAAAUUGGAAAUGGAUUGAAGGGGGUCCAACUAGCCAAUCGCCCACCACGCUUGACGCAAAAGACGUCAACGGUAAUGACGGAGAACAACCCGGUAAUGGGGAGCAACACUCGAUCUCCACCAGAGAUAGAUAUACAUGGAUCUCCGGUUCUUGGUACGGGGGAGUGGAUUGGACGGGGUCCUGUAUUUGGCUGA